UCCUCGGCAAAUUGGAUUCGAUUGAUGAAUUUUUUGGUCCACAGAAGAUAAAUACAUAAUAAGUGUAAAGGUUGAUGGAACCGAAGUGGUGAUAACGUCGGGAACUGUUGAUAAGAUAAUGCAGCUUACCCAUAUAAAUUAAGAUUCCGAUCACGACUUUGCCCUUUCUAAAAAUGGACUCGUCACCAAGCGUUGAAGAAGGUUCAAGCUCUGCAUCUUCCUGCUACAAUAAGAUAUUUUUUGCCUGCGGUUUUUUGGGAGUUUGUGCAGGACUAUUAGUCAGAAAACUGAACUUGGUCUACAUCUGGAAGCACAAGGUAGAUGCUACAUCAAAGAGAAAUGGAGGUGAACUUGUUGCUGAAGUUCUGAAAUCCCACGGGGUCAAGUUUUUAUUUACCCUUGCUGGUGGUCACAUUUCGCCAAUUUUAGUCGCAGCCGAAAAAUUGGGAUUACGAGUCGUGGACACUCGACAUGAGGUCAAUGCAGUGUUUGCUGCUGAUGCAGUCUCUAGACUUUCAAGGACUGUCGGAGUUGCCGCCGUGACUGCAGGCCCCGGAGUUACCAACACUGUGACUGCUGUAAAAAAUGCACAGCUAGCCGAAUCACCACUCCUAUUAAUUGGUGGCGCUGCUGCUGGGAUUUUGAAGGGAAGAGGCGCCCUUCAGGACAUAGAUCAGAUCAAUCUCUUCCAUUCCAUUUGCAAAUACAGUGCCACUGUCAAGACUGUCAGAGAUAUUGUGCCAACCUUGAGGAAAGCUCUGCAUGAAGCCCAAUCUGGCACUCCAGGGCCAGUUUUUGUUGAAUUCCCCCUCGAUGUUUUGUACCCCUACGACAUGGUCAAAAGGGAGCUUUUCAACGUUCCACCUCCAAAAUCUUUUGCCAGCAAAGUAAUCAAUUGGUACAUGAAUAAUUAUCUGAGCAAUCUAUUUUCGGGCGCUUGGGAGCCAGUAAAUACAACUCCGAUCGAAGUUCAACCUUUAGUUGCUGAUACUGCCACAAUGCAAAAAUGCGUUGAGGCCCUUUCGAAGAGCAAGAAACCAGUUUUUGUGAUUGGCAGUCAGGCCCUUUUGCCCCCCAACAGCGUCGAAAACCUGAAGAAGGCUCUCGAGACUCUGGGUGUUCCUUGUUACUUGAGCGGAAUGGCCCGAGGGUUGUUAGGAAGAAAGUCUGACAUCCAGAUGCGGCACCACAGAGGUGACGCCCUGAAAGAGGCUGACCUUAUCAUCUUGGCAGGUGCGGUUUGCGAUUUCCGUCUGUCUUACGGACGGUCAUUGAGCAAAUCUGCCACCAUCAUUGCUAUCAACAGGGACAAAGAUCAGCUCCACAAGAAUGCUGGAAUAUUUUGGAAACCAACCUUUGCCGUUCAAGCCGAUCCUUCCUUAUUCCUCUUCAAACUAGCAAUGUGCUUGUGCGACUACAAAUGUGAUGAUGCUUGGCUGUCCAAAUUGCGAGAGAGGGAUGCCAAGAAGGACGAAAAAAAUGAAAAAAUGUCCCUGGAGCCAACAACCAAGUACCUGAAUCCAAUGAAAAUCCUCUGCGACCUGGAUAAAUUUUUACCCGACGAUGCAAUUCUGGUGGCUGAUGGUGGUGAUUUUGUUGGCACUGCUGCUUAUAUUCUGAGGCCAAGAGGCCCACUUCAGUGGCUCGACCCUGGCGCAUUUGGAACUCUGGGUGUCGGAGGUGGAUUUGCUUUGGGUGCAAAGCUAUGCCGACCCGACGCCCCAGUCUGGAUUAUUUGGGGCGAUGGCUCUUCUGGCUACAGCAUUGCAGAGUUUGAUACCUUCCGUCGUCACAACGUCCCUGUCAUCGGACUUAUUGGAAACGACGCCUGCUGGACUCAAAUUGCAAGAGAGCAAGUGCCCAUGUUCGGCACCAGUGUUGCUUGCAAUUUGUCUCAUUGUGAUUAUCACAUCGUUGCUGAAGGCUAUGGUGGAAAAGGAAUAUUGUUGUCGGAUUCCACGAAGAGCAACACAGAGGUCUUUGAAGAGGCUACAAAAUUGAACAAAGAGGGUCACAGUGUUUUGAUCAAUGCUCUUAUUGGCACAACUAAGUUCAGAGAGGGCAGCAUUUCCAUUUAAAGGAACAGUUAGUCAUUCCCUUUGUUAUUAAUUAUUUCUAUUUUUACGUUAUGGGCAGUAUUUUGUAAUCUGAUCAUGGGCCAGUAUAUAAAUGCGCACAAUUUAAAAUAAUAAAAAUAUUUACAGAAUGUUAUAUCAAAA